CCUGUUUCCAGAGAUUUCCCCCAACUCCAGAUACCGUCACAAUGGGUGAAAGAAAGAGGAAUCCUAAGGUGAUAGAAGGGUUACACGACACCCAGCCUGAGAAAAUACCAACAGCAGGCCAAUUACACCAAGACGAUUUUAUAACGACCCUUUCGUCCUGGUGUAAUAAAGUCCGUUGGUUCAACUUUACCAUGCUGAUAACCAUUCCUCUUAUUGCCUUCCUACAAGUUCCCUGGGUUCCUAUGCAUCGGAAAACACUGGUACUGUCGAUUAUAUACUACGUUACAACUGCAAUAUCCGUGACCGCAGGAUACCACCGAUUAUGGGCCCAUCGAUCCUACUCCGCCUCCCCAACACUCAAGUGGCUGCUAGCAGCAUUUGGUGCAGGAGCGGUGCAAGGUUCUAUCAAAUUCUGGGUUCGAGAACAUAGAGCCCACCAUCGAUAUACUGACACAGAUCAGGACCCAUAUAAUGUCAAGAAGGGUCUGCUGCAUGCACAUAUUCUCUGGGUGAUCACGAAACAGCCCCGGAAAAACAACAGGGUGGAUAUAUCCGAUCUCCAGAAUGACUGUGUGGUGGCGCUGCAGCAUAGGUACUACUUCCUUGCUGCUUUCUUCAUGGGAUGGGGGUUCCCAACCCUAGUCGCUGGCCUGGGCUGGAACGACUGGUACGGAGGCUUCCUCUAUGCAGGCAUUCUUCGGUCUUUUUUUGUUAACCAGGCGACGUUCUGUGUGAAUUCAUUGGCUCAUUGGAUUGGGGAACAGCCCUACGAUGACCGCCGCUCAUCCCGGGAUCAUCUCAUCACUGCUCUCAUCACGAUGGGAGAGGGGUAUCACAAUUUCCACCAUGAGUUUCCCUCCGACUACCGCAAUGGGAUUGAAUGGUAUCAGCCUGAUAUUACCAAGUGGGCUAUCAGGCUCUGCGAACAACUGGGACUAGCCUACGAUUUGAAACGUUUCCGGCAAAAUGAGAUUGGUAAGAGCCGGCUACAGCAAGUCUUCAAGAAACUGAAUGUUGAAAGAGAAUCCCUUGACUGGGGGCCGCCACUCAGUAAGCUACCUGUUAUGGAGUGGGAUGAGUAUCAUGAUAAGGUUACGCAGGGUCACGUUUUAAUACUAAUCGGUGGAGUCGUUCACGAUGUGUCGAAGUUUAUUCAUGAACACCCUGGAGGCGAGUCGAUGAUGCGCAUGGCACUAGGGAAGGAUGCUACCACCUUGUUCAAUGGUGCCGUCUACCUCCAUUCAAACGCCGCAAAUAAUAUACUGGCAACUUUACGAGUGGCCAUCCUUCGAGGUGGAUGUGAAGUGGAGAUCUUCAAGAAACAGAACAACAGCAUUGAUAUGUUAGCCAAGGAAACUCCGGUACAUGUCCAAAAUCAACCGAAAUCCAUCGCUGGCCACUCGUGAUGAUUAUUCCUUGUUGAUAUCAUCUUGAAAGGAUAGAUAGGUAGGACGUAUUGGAACCAACGGGCUUGCACACGCGAAGAGCAGGAUCCAAGAUGUGUUUUGGAGCGAACUGUUUUUCGAACCCUAAGCUCGGAGAUCUAAUAUAAUUAUUCAUACUAAUUGCUCUUGUGGAUGGGCUCUUUUUGUCAUAAGCAGCCUAUACUGGCAAAGUCCCUGACUUGCUACCGCAACUGGGGUUUGAUAACUAGUCUCUCUACAACAGGACAUGGAAUGCAGUUUCAGACGGGUCUGUAAGAGUAGGACAUGGUAUCACGGUUCCCAAAUAGGCUGAUGAUCCACCACCACUCGCGGGAUUGUCAAGCUGAAGUGAAUCGCGCCAGGGAAUUCGCCGUUCUGCGAGGGAUGCAUGUCUCUGCUUGUAUCGGAGAGGGGACUAGUGAGGUUACUAGAGAGGGC